CGCUGCUGGGCGGGCGGGCAACGUGGGGACGGCAUUGUGGUGACACCGCUGCCUUCCAGCUGCUUCCCGGGUCACUCACCGCUUCUGGAGGAUUUCAACCCAAGUUUCAUUUUCGGUUUUUUUUCUUCCACUUUGCGCGGGGAGGGAAUUAAAUGGAGAAAUUGCGGAGAGUUCUGAGCGGCCAGGAGGACGAGGAGCAAGGCCUAACGACGCAGGUCCUUGAUUCAACUUCACUCAGCUUUGGGACAAGGGUGAAAUGGUUUGCAAUAUGCUUUGCCUUUGGAGUUUGUUGUUCAAUUCUUGGAACAAUUUUGCUCUGGCUUCCUAAUGGAAUAAAAUUAUUUGCAGUUUUUUACACAAUAGGAAAUAUUGCUGCGCUUACCAGCACCUGUUUUCUUAUGGGACCACUGAAGCAACUGAAGAAAAUGGUUGACCCAAACCGCUUGGCUGCCACCAUUGUUAUGUUGCUGUGCUUCGUUUUAACAUUAUGUGCAGUGUUUUGGUGGCACAAGAAAGGACUUGCUCUAAUCUUCUGCAUAUUACAGUUCCUAGCAACAACUUGGUACAGCCUGUCAUAUAUUCCUUUUGCAAGAGAUGCUAUAAUAAAGUGUUGCACCUCUUGCAUUGGAUAAGUCCAGGAAGAAGGAAAAACUUGUUAAAUCCCAAGACUCUUUCCAAUGGCUCUUUGUGGCCACGGAGAAAGAUCUACAGACUGCAUAUUUUGUUACUUUGGUAACUAAGUACCACGUAUUUGUUUAUUUUGAUGUAUUACAAAGAAAAUGAUGUAAUAUUUUGUUUUUUAAAUCUCUACUGCACAUUACUGAUUAUACUGAACCAAAGAAUCAAGCCUUCAUCCUUUUACAAGGAAUUUCUAUCUCUAAAAGUAAUUAUUUCACAUUUGAUACCAUUCUGAUGCAUUUACCUUACUUAUGCCUUAAAUUGCUGUGCUGAUGUGAUAAAUAAAUUCUACUGAUACAUUUGUGUAAAGCUAAUAUAAUUAUAAUGAACAUGUAUUUUGCAAUGACUAAAACUGUGUGCCACUUUGUGCUGAAUAUUCCUAUUACUAGAAAUGAGCCUGUUUAUAAAAUUUGAAGCAGCAUUUCACUUAAUUAAAGAUCCGCCAAUUAAUUAAAAUUGCGUAGUUGUGAGUUUUAUUGAACUAUUUUCUUGCAGCCAGAAAGGGUGCUAAGUUAUUUAAAAUUGCAAAUGCAAGAAAGUGUUAUUACUGUAUGAAGAAUAAUUUUUCUUUGACUUCCAUUCAUUCAAAACCUUUGAAUUGCAGUAUGAAAUAUUUAGUUUAUAUCCAUAAAGCUAACGUUUUAAAAGCAGAAUUAAGUUGUUUCAGAAGUGAAAUCUUAGUGGAGUCAAUUUAUACUAAACUUCAAAAUACUUACCUCUCUUGUACAUAUGAUAUGGUUUGAUUAGGGGCAGCGAUACUGCACCUUUGCUUUAUACUUAUUCCUUGAUCUCUUCCCUCUCUUCACCUUGAGAGAGCUUUCAAACAUUCCAUUAAUCUUUAGGGUAGAGGACGGCAGGGGACUGGAUUAGAGGGUCCCCAAGUUCAAAUGUAGAUAUUGAAGGAGCAGAAUGUGCUACUGGCAACAUUGUUUUUCUGCAUUCAAAGUUUGAAUUGUUUCUGUUACAUUUGGUGCAUUUGCAAAUAAAUAAAAAUGGACAAAAAUGAAA